AUGACGCGAUUAUUUAUACUCCCAUCUAAAAAUUUACAUAAACGGCUCGGUAAUUCUUUGAUAACUUUUUGCCUUUCGGCUUUCAAAAUUUUGAAUCUCAAUACUAUUAAUUAUUUAUCACCACUUUCAACAACGAUGAAUUCGAAAUUUGAGGAAAGCGAUGAAGAAGGGGAACUCGCUUUUAUUGAUGACUCUCGAUCAAAUUCUCACAUAAAUACGCGUGACGUUGCUUUGCAAGAUGGCGAUGAUAGUGAUGACGACAGUGAUGACGACAAUUAUGAUAGGGAUAUAAUGAAAAAAUAUGAUGCAAAAUUACCUAAAGAAAUCAAGGAUUUCGAAAUUAUCGUGAAGACCAAAAAACAUUCAUUGAUAAAUGAAAUUUAUGUAGAUGUCCCGGCAAGGAAAAAAGUCAGAAAUGCAUAUAAAUCUAAAAAUAUUGUGGAGGAAGUAGGUAAUACUGAGGAGGAAUGCCUUUUGACAUUAUUGAAUGAAGAAGAUUCAUUGGGUAUAUGUGAUGGUGAUUACAUAAAGUUUGACCUCAAUGAAUUUAUAAUAUAUGAUGAUAAUGAACGGGAGAUCACCGAUCUUUGGCCAGAAAAAGAAACUAAAAAAAUUUACUGGGAUGGAUUAAUAACAGAUGGGAAUGAGAGAAUUUUGUGCAGAAAGGGAGUUUAUUGUACCUUUUCAAUUAGUGGUUAUGGUACUGAAAUAUCUGAUGUGGAAAUCAUGAUCCAGUCUAGUCUUGAUCCAAAUGUGUGGUACAAUCUACUUAAACCACAGCAGAUGUAUCAGAAAUUGUGGACAUCAUUUUUGUGGAAAGCACGUAUGGUCAAAUAUGUGCUAGAUUUCAUUCAUGAGAAUCCAAACUAUUUAUUUUGUGAUCUCAAAGACCAAUUUUAUAAGUGGAUAUCAAGUCAACGUUCAAAUGAAACUGUUUUUAAUGAAUGGAUCAAUGCUGUAAAUGGCAACUUUGACUUUAGGUCAGUUGUUGCCAAUAAUAUUGAUCUUUUGUGGCAUCAAGCACAUAACCUUGGGGAAGAUUAUUCAGAUACUAAAUUCUUUAAUGAUGAAUUUUGUCCUCUUGCAUGGAACAAUGGUGCUGGUGGUUCAAAUAAAAUGGAAAAAACAGUUGUUACUCCUUCGGUGUAUAAAUGGUUUGUGGAUGAAUUCCCUCAGUGUUUAUUGCUAUUAGAUUCUGAUCAAGAUGAUCAAGAGGAAAUUAAUGAUUGUUGUGAAAGAAAUGAACAAUCCAAGGAAGAACCAUGUUUGUACAUUCAGAGUGAUCAAGAGUAUCAUGAAUACAAAAAAAUCGACCACUCAAAAGAAAGACCUUAUUUUGAAGGGUGUAUAUCUGAAGAAGAGCAACUCUAUGAAAAAGUAAUAAUAGAUGGCGUAACUUUUGAGAUAGGAGACGCGGUUGAAAUUUAUCCCGAUGACUCAUCUCAGAGGGAUCGAUGUUAUAUAACCGAAUUACAUCGAAAAGGUAAUAGCGGCACAUUUCGUUUAGUUUGGCUUUACACACGAAAUCAGACGAUUUUAUGCAAUCUUAAGAAAGACAAAAGUUCGAAAAAUUUAAGAGAGGUUUUUUUCACAACUCAUUGCGAAUGUGAUUCCAAGACACCUAUGACCAUAGAAUCUAUUAUCCGUAAAGUAAAAGUUGAAUAUGACGAAUCGGCCUGUUCAGAUUAUUUUUAUGAUGAAUAUUCGUUAUUUUGUCGAUAUUAUUAUCGUCACGUACAAACCGAUGGUGCAUUCCUAACUUUUCGUCCGGAAAUGCUCAAUUUUAAAAGCGGAAAUCUUAUAUGUGGAUGCCAUCGCCCAAAGCUUUCACGUUUUGUUAGAUUUAUCAACGAAUACGAAGUGGGGGAUUGUAUUUUGAUUAAACCUCGAAGUGGUGACAAUACAAAUUUAUAUACUGUAUGCUAUAUAGAACAAAUUGAUUCCGAAAAUGAACUCGUGAAAUUAAGGAGAUUUUAUCGGUUCUGUGAAGUAUCAAUAAUUAGUUCACAAAAAAUUGCCAUUAAUGAGCUACUUUACUCUGAUUAUGUAUUUGAUUUUAAUCAUUAUCGGAGUGUUGUUCGAGGAUGUCACGUUGAAUAUGUUAAAUAUGGGACGACGUUACCAGUGAAUCUUUUACAUAAAGGGUCGGCUAAUCAUUUCUUUUUUUCUCGGAAAUAUGAUACAGAAAAUAAGUCAAUAAGGCCUAUCAAAUCUGAUAAAAUGGCCGCUAAAUUUACUGAUUAUAAGUACAAAACUGGACACAUUUGUCGACUUAAUGGUUUGGAUCUUUUCUGUGGGGGAGGUUCAUUAGGUCGUGGAUUUGAGGAUGCUGGCAUUGUAAAAUGUAAAUGGGCCAUAGACAAGGAUCCAUUUGCUCUCAAAACAUAUCGUCAUAAUGCACAAGGAGAUGAUAUCAAGAUCAUAAAUGAAAGUGUUAAUAAAGUUCUGUCCGAUGCCAUUUUGGAUAUCAUACUUGCGGGAUCACCUUGUCAGGGGUUCAGUUACAUGAAUAAACAUAGAGGAAGUGACAAAAGUCAAAGUAACAAUUCUUUAGUUGCAUCAGUAGCUUCUUUUGUGGAUUUCUAUAGACCUCGAUAUUUCUUGUUGGAAAAUGUAGCAAGGAUAACAAGAACAUCAGUUUUCAUGCACUUAUUGGCAUGUCUACUAGAAAUAGGCUAUCAAAUUAGAUUUAACGUAGUAUCCGCUGCGCAGUUGGGAUGUUCACAAAUACGUCAUCGUGUAUUUUUAUGGGGAGCUGCUAAAGAUGAGGUAUUACCUGAAAUGCCACCGACUACACAUCAUUAUAAAAAACGAUCGGGAGCUCACAGAGAACUCUUGGAAAUGGGUAAUUCCCUUCGUCUUCAGGGAGUUCAAGAUGAAAAACAUGCUAGCCUUCCAAUGAUAACCAUUAAAGAUUUAAUUGGCGAUCUCCCAGAGAUCGAUACCGGAAUUUAUUGGGAUCCUGCAUAUCCAGAUCAUAGAACAUAUAACUUAAGUUUAAAAUGUAAAGAGAUACUUCGUCGGGUCCCAAUAGAUCCACCUUUGAGUGAUUAUUAUCUUGCACGGAAGCUCAAAUUAAUUCCUGAUAUACAUUCUCACGCGAGUUAUGAUGCCAAAAUAAAGAAGUAUCCAUCUUGUAAUUAUAAAUAUUGUCAACGCAUAGAUAAAGAUGAUGUGUUUGUGACCAUAUGCACAGUCAUGAUUCGAGAAGCGGCACGUGCGCAAGGUUUCUUGGAAACGGAUAUUUUAUGUGGCAAAGUUUCCGAUCAAUAUCGCAUUGUUGGUAACUCCGUACCACGAAACAUCGCAUUUUCUCUUGGAAUACAACUAUGUAAAGCAAUGACUGACCCGAACCAUAAGUCAAACCCUAGGAAUUUUCCGUAA